AUGCAAGUUAAUCAACCACCAGUAGUACUUAUACCUCAAACUAUAAAUCCUUCAGUUCAAGGUGAUCGAGCAGCACGUCGAUUUGGAAUUUUUUUUCUUGGUGCAUUAGCAGCUGUUACAAUAGGUGCUGGUGUUGGAAUUGGAGUCGGAAAUAUUGCGCAUUAUCGAUAUUUUGGUCCAAAUAAUAACACCAAUCUUUCCAGCGCGGAUGUCUUCAACCUAACAGAUUAUUCAUUUCUUAUUCAAGCCAAAAGUCUUCAAUCAAUGAUACCAGUUGUACAUGGAAAAAAACGAGAGUCAUUAAAAUUAUGGUUAUCAUCCGCAGUAAAAUCUCCAACUGAAGAUGAACAUAAUAAUCAUCAAUGA